AACAGUAUAUAGCCUAUGGAAUAUCAUCUCACAAAAGUUCACUGACCUAAAAUUAUUUGAAAUUAGGAGAGGGUGGUAAGAGGCACUCCCACUGCUGUCCUACUCCCACAUUCAAAGAGUCAAGCCUAGUUAACCAUCCAUGUAUUCUGUCUCAUGUACAGUAGACGCCAGCACCAGUGACUCUAGUUACAAAUCUCCAGCCAGAGGAAGCAACCCACAGCGGCAAAAGUCCCAAAAUCUCCUCUUGCCUUGCUGCUGUCACUCAAAAAGAGAACCAUCCACUGACCCAUCGAGCAGAAACAUCCCUCCUAUGCUCUUGACUGCAGAGCCUCCAGCCAGCAUGGAGAACUCCUCCAAUGUCCAGCCCGGUCUCCCACCAAGAUCCAGAAUGACACCCAGGAAGGAGAAGGAGAGCAGAGCCUCUGUGGCUCCCAGAAGUCACAGAAAAAGGCCAUCGAAGGCAGGCCAGGCCCCCGAGGCAUCAUCAGGGAGGAAAGAGAGGCAACAGAAGGAGAAGCCAGAGACAAAUGAGAUAAAGGUGGAGCAGGAGACAGAAGUGAAGGUGAGAUCCACUGUGGUGGACAUAGAUAGCGUCAGAGACAAUGAGGUCAAGGAGGAGAACCUGGGGCUCCUGGAAGCAGCGGAACAGGACGGUCUGAAGCGCAAGAGCCUGGGAGUGUUUGAGUGGAUGCUGAUGGUCUUCGUCUUGGCUGUGGUUCUCCUCUUGUUCCCGCUUUCCAUCUGGUUCUGUGUCAAAGUAGUGAGGGAGCAUGAGAGAGCUGUGGUCUUCAGAUUGGGUCACCUACUGCGUGGAAGACCGCAAGGACCAGGCCUUCUUUUCUACCUCCCAUUCCUGGAUGUGUGUCACAAGGUUGACAUCCGACUGAAAAUGCUUAAGGUUCCUCUUCACACGGUGGUGACAAAGGACAUGGUGAGGCCGGAGCUGAGUGCGGUGUGUUACUACCAGAUAGAGAACGUGGCUUUGUGCAGCACGGCUCUGUCCAGUCUGACCACAGUGCUGCAGACUCUGGUCCAGGCAGCGGUCAGAGACAUUCUCGCCCAGCACACGUUUAGCCACAUCCUGCUGCACAGGAGGAGGAUCGGACAGCAGAUACAAGCAGCGGUUGACUCUGUUGCUUGCCACUGGGGCAUCAGGGUGGAGAGAGCAGACAUAGACGAGCUCAGUUUUCCCGUGGAGUUACAGCAGAGUCUGGCUGCCGAGGCUGAGGCCAAGAGACAACACCAGGUCAGAGUCAAAGCAACAGAGGCAGAGAGAGAUGCCUGGGAGGGGUUCAGGGCUUCCCUCCGUCUCCUCCAUCCUGCCUUUGUCCUUCCACUCAACCCAGAUCUUCUCAGCGUGACCCCUGACCUCUCAUCUCUACCACCUCCUCCUCCCCCUGCGGUGGAAGGAGAGGGAGGGACAACAGAGGGGGAGCCGGAUACAGACUCACCAAUGAUGUGACAGAUUGUUAU